AUGACUCGAACAAACGUGGCUAAUGGUGAUAUGAAAACACCAAAUAUACACGAAGUUGUUGAAACUAACUGUAACACGGAAUAUUGUUUUUUUGCCAUUUAUGAAAAAAAUGGAAUUAAAUAUUACCAAUUUUUCUCUGAUCUUCAAAAUAGUUGCACAACGUAUCCAACAUGUUUACUAUUUGAAUCGGAAGAAUACAAAUAUUCUAUAACAUAUCAAAAAACUGAUAGGCAGUGUAACAGCGGAGUAAACUACACAAUAAACUAUGAAUUGCCAACUUGUGAUUCCGGAUGGAAUUCUUUUGUAAGAUCAAAUGGAAAAACAUGGUGCUAUAAAGUGAGAAAACUUUGAAAGUUUCAAUAAAAAAAUCGAUUUUUCUGAUAAUUUUCAGAUUAUCACAACCAUCCAAAACACUUAUGACGAAGCAGUAGCAGUUUGCAAAAAUGUAGAGAGUACUCUGAACGGAUUUGCUCACUGGGAAGAAUUUGAAGAAUUCAAAAAUGUUGUGAAAGAAAAUGGAAUAAGCAACUCAAUUGUUCUUGGAGCUCAACAAUAUCCAGUGAUUCCAAAACCCUGUUCUCCAACUUUCCGAUGGUUGCCAGAAGUUUCAAACAACACUGAACUUGUUAAUAAUUCUACGAUUAUUGAUUACAAUUGCUCUGGAGAAUGUUUGCAGUAUAAACCAGAUCUUGGAAAAUUUGAUGAUUUUAACUGCACGAAACCAGGGGACCGUUUUUCAGCUUGUGGCAAAUGGGCUGUUUAA